UGUAAACAACGAACGGUAUCCAAGAUGGCGGCGACCAUGAAAUUUUUUGUUCAUUAACAGUUUCUUCGAAUUUUUCUUGUAAUAGCAUGUUAAGAGAUCAAUAUUGUGAGAUAGAAUUACUUUGCUUUUUAGUUUUUAGUUAUCUGUUUACUUGUAAAAGUUAUCUCAUCUGAUUUUAGUUUAGUAUUGAUUUCUUACAAAAAAGCUACUCGCUUACACUUUAGUUACAGUCACUGAAAUUCUGAACACAGAUUGACAUGAUGGAUACUCUUAAAGAUUAUAUAGCCUAAGUAAAAUUUGUUGACGUUGAGCAGAAUGGGAAACUGUAUAUCAUGCAUCAAGCAAAAACGACAGCCAAAAAGGUCAGUCAAAUUGGCUAUCCUAGGGCUUGACAGUGCUGGUAAAACUACAACAACAAAAGCAUUGCUUGGAGAUACGCUGGAUGUCGCUCCUACAGUUGGUUUUAACAGAGAGGAAAUCACAUUUAAUAACUAUGAUAUUUCAUUGUAUGACCUUGGUGGGGGUCGUAAGAUCCGAGAUAUCUGGAAAAAUUACCUCAAUGAGAUUUAUGGUGUUAUCUAUGUAGUUGAUACAGCAGCGCCAGAGAGAUUUCAGGAGGUUCAGGAGAUUCUGACAUCACUACUGGGACAUGAACAAGUCAAAGAAAAACCUUUUCUCUUAUUAGGCAACAAGGUUGACCUGGAGAGUCAUGUAGAUGAAGUAGAUGUGAUGGAAAAAUUAAACCUCGAAUAUCUGGUCAAUGUUAACAAGUGUCCAAGCAGAUUGGAGAUGUGUUCUGCUAUAAAGGGCAGUGGACGUAAGAUGGACCCAAAGAUCAAAGAUGGUAUGACAUGGUUAUGUAGCCUAUUGGAUCAGAUGUACGAAAAGUUGAAGUUGAGGAUAGACAAGGAUGUGGAGGUUAUGGAACAGAUCAGACAGAAAGAGAAGGAAGAAAGAAGGGAGAGGGUCAGGAAAGUUAGAGAAGAAAGAGAAAAGAAGGAAGAAGAAGAGCGUAAGAAACUGGGAGAGGAUAUCGUGGAGGAAGAGGAUGAAGAUGACGAUAUUGUUGGUGGAAAUCCUUGGAAAAAACUUGAUUCUGAUGAAAUAAAGAGAAAGGAAGAGAAAUAUAAGCAAGCAAAGGCCAAAGAAAAAGAAAGGCAGAGAAGACUAAAAGAAAUUGAAAAUCAAGAAAAAUCAACUAAAGUUACCUUAAAUGAACAAUCAAACACUACAACGAAAGUCACAGCUGAUGAUGAUGAUGAUGGUUUAAGAGCACCUCGGUCAUCUAGGUCACUGUUAGGACUUGGCUGGAUGAAUGGAGGUCUGUAUGGUACUGAAGAAGAGGGAAGUAACUCUCACAGGCUUGGUAGACAGUUGUUACCUCCCUUAGAGGGUCUGACUAAUGGUAAAACUGCAGAUAGUAGUCCUGUGUCGUCAGAUAGGGGAAAGAAACCAAAUAAAAAGCUGAAAAAUAAAGUUCAGUCAUAUGACGGUGCUGAUUAUGACAAUGGAAGAAAUAUAGAUGCACAUAGAACCUCAUCAGUGUCAAGAAUUCAGGUAGAAUCUGUUCAUCGUGAUGAUGAUGAAGAUGAAGAUACGGAUUCAGUCAUUCAUUCGUCAGGGAGACGUGAUAUUUUCAGGAAAAGUAGAGGGUUGUACAUCGAUGAAGGCAAACACAAGCAAGAGUCCCCAGAUAGUGGUAGAAAAAAGAAGACGCGGAAAAAGAAACAGCAGUUAUCGUCAGACGGAGAGGAAGGGUUUGAUACCCUUAGACUCAGUCAGCAUUUAGAUAAUGAUACAGAUACAUACGCUAGUCAUAUGAACGGUGCAAGAGAUUCACCAGAUGGCAGACUUGCAAAUGGUGAUACUGAAGAGAGAGCCAGUACUCCAGUAAAGAAGCUGAAAAAGAAGAAUAAACAUCUACGCAAGAACAAACUAGCUCCCUCGGACGAUGAGUUUGAAGCUGUCACACCAACUAACUGGGGAAUGGCGGAAGACCUUUCUGCAGAUGAAAUUCAGCAGUUCCGAAGACCUGGACCAAACUUUGACAGCGAAGAUGACCUAAUUUUGUGA